AUAGAAAAUAAAUUUGGAUUCGACAAGGCGAACUUGUCACUACUCACUAGUCACACUACCCACCCUUUCCAUUUCCACCAAAACCUUCAUUAAUCUGUAAUCAAACCCUAACAAUAAUCCCCACCAUUUCUACCAAUCCUCUCUCCUUUCUCACUCUUCUUCUUCUUCUUCUUCUCCAAUCAAUUUUUCUUCAUUUUUAUCGAAAAUUCAUCAUACUAUGAUCAUCUUCUAAACAAUCUUUCGGUUUUUCAUCUUCUCAAUUUCUGCUUUUAAAAGGUUGAAUUAGGGUUUUUUUUUUCUUGCUGUAUUCUGUGUUAGCUUUAAUGGAGCCUCGUGUUGGUAAUAAGUAUCGUCUUGGUCGUAAGAUCGGCAGCGGUUCUUUUGGAGAGAUCUAUCUCGGAACUAAUGUUCAAACUAAUGAAGAAGUCGCAAUUAAGCUUGAAAAUGUUAAGACAAAACAUCCACAAUUGCUCUAUGAGUCAAAACUAUACAAGAUCUUACAAGGAGGAACUGGAAUUCCAAAUGUGAGAUGGUAUGGUGUUGAGGGUGAUUACAAUGUGCUUGUCAUGGAUUUACUCGGGCCUAGCCUUGAAGAUCUAUUCAACUUCUGUAGCAGGAAAUUUUCUUUGAAGACAGUUCUCAUGCUUGCAGAUCAAAUGAUUAACCGUAUUGAGUUUGUUCACUCAAAAUCCUUCUUGCAUCGCGAUAUUAAGCCAGACAACUUCCUCAUGGGCUUGGGUAGGCGAGCAAAUCAGGUUUACCUAAUCGACUUUGGCUUAGCAAAGAAAUACAGAGAUACAACAACCCAUCAGCAUAUUCCUUACAGGGAAAAUAAAAACUUAACUGGAACUGCUAGAUAUGCGAGUAUGAAUACUCACCUUGGAAUAGAACAAAGCAGAAGAGAUGAUUUAGAAUCUCUUGGAUAUGUGCUGAUGUACUUUUUAAGAGGCAGUCUCCCUUGGCAGGGACUCAAGGCUGGGAAUAAGAAACAAAAGUACGAUAAAAUUAGUGAAAAAAAGGUCUCCACAUCAAUUGAGGCCCUAUGUCGUGGUUAUCCAACUGAGUUUGCAUCUUAUUUCCAUUAUUGCCGCUCCUUGCGGUUUGAUGAUAAACCAGACUUUGCUUACCUGAAGAGAAUAUUCCGAGACCUCUUUAUUCGUGAAGGUUUUCAAUUUGAUUAUGUGUUUGAUUGGACAAUUCUUAAAUAUCAGCAAUCACAGUUACCAACUGCUGCUCGUCCGCCGGGUGCUGGCAUUGGAACUAGUGCAGGGGUACCUACUCCAAAUGCAAACGCUGAAAGAAAAUUGGGAGAAGAAGGCCGGGCUGGUGGUCUAUCUACAGGAGAUAGUUCUCGACAAAGAAUAUCAGGAUCACUUAUGAAUUCUGGAAGUCUGUUGAAGCAGAAAAGUCCUCUUGCUAAUGAUCCAACUGUAAGCAAAGAUCCUACGUUUUCAAGCUCGAAUCCUGUGGGACGGUCGUCCAGCGGUUUAUUAAAGCGAGCUGCUAUUCCUAGUAGUCGUGAAGCGCUUACUGGAGGAAAUAAUUCUGAUCCUUCCCGGUCUCGGACACCAGAUGGCACAGGGACAAUGCAGAGGUUUUCAAGUGGCCAGAGGAGUUCACCAGUUGGAUCUUCAGAUGCAAAACAGCAAUCCUCUGGUAGGAUUACAAGCAUUACAAAUUAUGAGUCAACUCUCAAGGGCAUUGAGGGCCUGCAUUUUGAGGAUGAAAGGGUUCAUUAAAUUAUUCGUGCUCACACCACAUUAUUGUAAUAUAUUAAAUGAUGGUAUAAUUGCUCGAUUACCCUAGUGAAUAGUGAUGGAUCCCUGUAGUUUCUUGGAGAUUUAAGUGACUGGGCGACCCUGGGAAGAAGGAUGACUGGAGUAUGAGCCAUUCGCAAUCGAGAGUGGAGGUGAAGAGCAAUAUGCACUCGUAUAAUACGACUCAAAUGGGAAGGUAAUGUUUUUUCAUGUGCUCUUUUCCAAAAUGCGUGUACAUCUAUUGUCUAUUUGCUUACUAAUUCACAUGUAAAACUUUCUGGGAUUUACCAAGAGGUACACUGAAUAUGAGUGUAAAAUUGCUACCUUGCAUCAAUUUGUCAUAUUGCAAGUAUAUGUUUUUAAGCCUAUUA